ACGACGGACGACGAACGACUGGGAUGUUUUCAAACCAACGAUGAACGUCACACAGCCGUAGGCUACGGUUAACGUCCGAUAUUUAGGAAAUAACUGUUUAUAUUGCGCAAUAUUCAUAUAUAGCUGAAUCCGAAUGAGUUGGCGGGAACAUAAAAAUCAGUUUAAAGGUGCAUGAUGAACCUACUGCGCUGUAGCUGUCACAGCUAGUCAGCUGCCGCACCAUGGCCAAACCUGGGAGCGACAGAGAUGGAGCCAUGGUGGAUAAGCAGGCGGGGAAGAAGGGCAAAGACAAGUUAUCCCCGUUCACCAAAACUCCGAAAUUGGACAGGAGUGAGUUGCUGGGGAAGGAAGGGAAAGCCAAGUCUUCCAUGAAGCGCAAGCUGUCCUUCACCACCAGUCCACCCCGGACAGAGGAGCGAGACUCAGACACUGAUGACUCAGACCCAGGCCAGUCGAGUGAGACCUGGGGAGAGAGAUUAGUGCCUCCCUGCAGGAUAUACGCAGAUAAAGAUGGACCAGACAAGAAGAAGGUGAAAAAGGAGACUGGUGGCAAGAAGUCGCAGGCUCCCAACCUUUUGUUUGGGUAUCCUCUGUCAGAGCGCAAACAGAUGGCUCUCCUAAUGCAGAUGACUGCCAACAGUCCAGACUCAACUCCCAGCCACCCCUCGCAGACGACCCCCGUGCAGAAGAAAGUCCCCAGCAGCACCUCGUCCAGACAGAAAGACAAGGUCAACAAGAGGAACGAGCGAGGGGAGACUCCUCUUCACAUGGCAGCCAUCCGUGGAGAUGCCAAACAGGUCAAGGAGCUCAUAAGCCUGGGAGCUGAUGUCAAUGUCAAAGACUUUGCAGGCUGGACACCUCUUCAUGAAGCCUGUAAUCUUGGUUACUAUGAUGUGGCCAAGGUUUUAAUAGCAGCAGGUGCAGAGGUCAACACGCAGGGUCUGGAUGAUGACACGCCACUCCACGAUGCAUCCAGCAGCGGACAUAAAGAUAUUGUGAAGCUGCUACUGCGCCAUGGUGGGAAUGCAUUCCAGGCCAAUAAACGUGGGGAGCGACCAGUGGACGUGGCAGACUCCCAGGAGCUGGAACAGCUGUUAAAGGGAGAGGUGCCACUGUCAGACCAAGAUGACAGCUCAUCAGAGUCUGAAGACCCACCAUCUGUCAAUCCAUCCAGCAUGGAUGACGACAACAUGGAGGACUCUGAUGCUGAAAAGGACUCAGAUGGCAAACCAGCCACAGUGAAAGCAUCGUCCUCCAUAUCAGGGCUGGAUGAGUACGAGUUCAAGGACGAGGAGGAGGAGGAGGACCUCAGCAAAGCCCUGAACGACAGACACAUUCUCCGGAGGGAGCUACGACAGAGGGAGAAGGAGGACAAAGAUAGGAAUCAUGUUGUAGGAAAGCAGGGUGGCAAGGGGGAUUCCUCCACUAAGUCCAAAAAGCAAAAAGCUUCUCGUGUCCUGCACUGCAACUCUGAUACUUCCAGUGACGAGACGGAGAGCCUUUCAGAGAAAAGGAACUCUCCCACCUGCUCUCAAAGCUCAGAGGGCCUCAAGCCGGACACAAGGUCUAAAAAGGAAAAUUCUGAGCAAAAGGACAAGGGUAAAGUUAAGAGAAAGAGCAAAAGCCAGAAUAAAAAUAAGGAAAACCAAGAGGAUGGGAAGGAGAACAGCAAAGCUCUAGUGUUCUCUGUUGCAACUGUGUCAGAGAGCACAGAUAAGAGUCGGGAUGAAGACUCCUUCAAGAUGUCUUUCAGUCCCAAAGAUGACUCUUCAGUACACCUCUUCCACUUGUCAUCCGUCAAAUCUCCCAAACUGAACCACAGCCUAAUGGAUAAGCAAGCGACACCACUGAAACAGGAAAAUACUAAGAUGUGCGUUUCCAUCAGUGAUAGCUCAUGUCCCAUGGAUGGUGUCAAAUACAACCACUACACAGAAGCAGACUACUGCACUGAAGGCUCCAGCACCAAGGGAUGCAAGCACAAGGAAAAAAGCAAGCAUCAACAGAAAGACCUCAGUGUAGAUGGGGAUGAUGGAGGUUCAAGUCCUUACAAAGAAGGCAGCAUAGGAAAUAGUAUAGACAGCGCUGAGGGUGCCUUACGGAAGACUGACGUAGAUGGUAAAGUAGUAAAGAAGCAUAAACUUAAACACAAGGAGAAAGACAAACACAGGAGGGAUUAUGAGGCAGAGAGGAGCCGCCACAGGCAGAAGGAGGCCAGGAAAGACAGCCACAGGAAUUUGGAGUUCGACAGAGAGUUCUGGAAAGAAAAUUUUUUCAAAAGCGAUGAGGCUGAUGAACCUCUGCCAGUGAAAAAGGAAGGCGAAGACGGUAGCUCGCCUCAGAAAACUUCAGACAGCUCUCCUGUCAAGGAAGAGAGAGGCACAAAGGAGAAGCACUCCAGCAGCAGGGAGAAGAGGCAGAGAGAGGAGCGAGAGAAAGACAAGGUCAUAAAAAAAGAUAGGAAGGAGGCUGCUGGUAAGGAGGAGAAGGGAAAGGAUACAAAGCUGAGUGAGCGUGACGAGAGAGUGGACUGCCAUGGCUCAGGGCGGAUUCCAGAGGAGUUGCUGCAGAACACAAGCAUGAAAGAAGAGACAGAAGACAAACCCAUAAGUGGGAUCGCAGCUGAUCAAGACCAGCUGGAGCCCUCUGAAAAAGGCACGCGUGAGAAAAAUGACAAGAGGCUCCCAGGAAAGGAAAAAGAGGCUGAAAAAAUGGAGAAAAGGCAUCCUGACAAGGAUAAAAAAGUUAAAAUGGAGCACUCAGACAAAGUUGAACCACAAAAUUCAGUGGAUCGUUGGAAGGAAAAAGAACGCACAGGAGCCAUUUCUUCCCACUCACCAGGGGAUAAAAACCACAGAGAGAGUGAAAAACUGAAAUCUUUUUCCACAACAAAAAAGCAUGAAGACAGCAGGAAAAACAAAGAUAAGUUAGAUAAGCGGGGCGAUAGGGAGAGGCAGGAGCGAGAAUAUAUUGGAGAUCAUAGAGAAAAGGAUAGGACAAACUCUGAUAAGAAAGGAAAACCUCUAGAAAAGACCACGGAUCAUAGUAAAUCUGAUCGUACAAAGGAAAAGGAAAAAGAAAAGGACUGUGAUAGGAAAAAGAAAGAUAAAAUAAAAGAUGGAUCUCUGUCCUCAAGUUCCAAUCUUAAAUUGCUCUUGGAAGAGAAGAAGGGGUAUGUGUCCGAAAGUGGAAAGUCCCUGUCCACAAAAUCAAAAGAGGAAGUUAUGAAAACACCAGAGAAGGAUCGUGAUCGGAGAGACCGGGACAGAGACUCAGAUAGGCACAGAGACAAGGACAGGCACAAAGACCGCUCCCAGCAGGCCAAGGUCAGCAAGGCCAAACCCAAUGAACCUGAUGCAGACAAGGCCAAAGCCAAAGCCUCUCCAGCAUCCCGAGAUGUCAAGCCCAAAGAAAAAAGGCUUGUGAAUGAUGAUUUGAUGCAGACCAGCUUUGAGCGCAUGCUCAGCCUAAAGGACCAGGAAAUUGAGCAAUGGCACCGGAAGCACCUUGAGAAAAUCAAACAAAAAGAGCGGGAAAGACUGAAACAGCGACCUUUGGCAGACCCAGGGAAGUCGAAGAGUAAAGACAAAGUAAAGACUGAACCAUGUUUGAGCAAAGAGCUCUUGCGCUCAAAAAGUUCAGAAGCGUCUGAUGCCCAUAGCAAAGAUAAACCCCUGAAGGACAGCACCACCUCCAGAACAAUGUCCCUUGAUGGGAAGAACCUGUCCUCUAUCAGUGCAAAGAUCACAGCCAGCAUAGAAAACAGCCUCAGCAGAUCACCCAGGCCAGAGAGUGAGCGGUCUGGCCUCAUGUCCAGGUCAGUAUCCAUGGUCUCUGUUGCAAGCUCAGAGGACUCAUGUCAGACCACAACAUUAACACCCAGGCCCAUUGAAUAUGACUCUGACAUUAAUCUCGAAGCCGCAGACUCCCAAUCUGCAUUCCUCCAGUCUUCCCUAGUCCUGCAGGCCACCAGAUCACCAUCUGUUCACGAUAAAGAGUGCAACAGUCUUCCAGAUGUGCCGCACGGUAACUGGACGCCACUGUCUAGCAGACAUGAAUCUCCUUGCCUCAGGGCUAUUCUGGAUGAGGAUGCCAAUGUCUCAUCUACUGAAGGUAAAGCUGUUGAAAAUCUGCCAAAAGUCAGUCUGCCUACUCUACCAGGAGAGGACACAAGAACAGGAGAGACCUCAGCAGAAAGGGAGGAGAGCCUGAAUAGUCAGAAUUUAAUGCACCAACAAAAUGCAAAGUCAGAUGUUGAUUCCAGCACAGAGAGAGAAGGGACCAACCCUGGAUGCUUAACACCACAAAUGUCAAACAGAGAUGCUCCUAGUAAGGACUUGACACUUCCACAGCCCAGCCUCUCCCAGGCUGGUGGUCCUCAGUUAGGGGCACCUGAGCAGAAGGCUGCUUCCUCCUCGGACCUUCCCAUUAUUAGGGAAGCCCAGUGUCCAGUGGAGAAUGUAAAUACAGAUGCAGAAUGUAGUAACAGAGACUUGCACUCUGAUCUACCACUGACAUCUCCAGCUCCUGUAUCUGCUGAGCCAUCUGCUUUCACAACUGCAAAGGCUUCCCAGCAAACCUGUAGCCAGCAGAGGGAACCCCUCCCACAUACCAGUACGGAAAGCUCACAGCAGGUAGAGUUGGGUACAGUACAGGCCUCUGACCAUAAAGAGAAACCUCCUGAGAGUGCCACAAACGGUGCUGAAAGAGCAGGACAAGAAUGUGUGGAAAAUGUUUCAGAAGAGAGGAUGGGAAGUCCUGUACCGUCUACCAGCAUGCACAUUCCUAGUGCCACUGCAGAGGAAUCGAUGUCAGGCAUUAGUAAAACAAGCACUGAAUCCAAAUGUUCCCAAGAAGAUAUGGUUGAGAGUAGCCAAGACUGCAAGAAAUCAAGACCAUCCAGUGACGCUGCAGGCCUAUGUUCCGAUCCUCAGAUGGAGAAAAAGGACAGCAUGGCCCCUACAUCAUCCUCUACGUCAUUCUGUAUGAGCCCUGAACACAAGGCCGAAGAGGUGACAGAUGUCCCACAGAGCACAGAGAACAAUAGCAUUGCUGCUGCCUCUGUCACAACAGAACCUUCCUCAGCUGAGGGCAACCUGGUCACAGACACAACUCCUGAAUCAAGACAAGAGGCUAGCCCUGAGGAAAUGGAGGUGGUCCCUGGCGAGGAGAUGCCAGAGUUGCUUUCAGCUGGUGGAGAGCGGAGUCAAAGUACCGUCCCGCCUGUGGCUCAGACAGACCCAAGCAGCAGCAAUGCCUCAGGGAGCUCUUCUCCGCAGUAUGGAGACCGGGACUCUGAUUCUUCAGGGGCCAAAGCCAAGGUUCGCUCCCCAGAUGAAGAAAUGGACAUCCACGUGCCCCAUCCACGCAAGAGGAAGAUGCCCAAGGUCUCCACCUCCCAGGCCUGCUCCACCAGCCAACAAGGGAAGGAGAAGUGCCAGCAGUCUCUAGCUGCUAUUGUGGACUCGGUAAAACUUGAAGAGAUACAACCCUACCAGACAGAGAGGGCCAACCCCUACUAUGAGUUCUUGCACAUCCGUAAGAAGAUUGAGGAGAAGCGCAAAGUGUUGUGCAGUGUCACCCCCCAGCCACCACAGUAUUAUGACGAAUAUGUGACCUUCAAUGGAUCCUACCUCUUAGAUGGGAACCCACUCAGCAAGCUCUGUAUCCCAACAAUAACUCCACCACCAUCAUUACCUGAGCAGCUGAAAGAGAUGUUCAAACAACAAGAGGUUGUCCGUAUGAAACUGCGGCUCCAACACAGCAUUGAGAGGGAAAAGCUGAUUGUUUCAAAUGAACAGGAAGUCUUAAGAGUCCAUUACCGGGCAGCAAGAACACUAGCCAAUCAGACUCUGCCUUUCAGUGCCUGUACAGUUUUACUGGAUGCUGAGGUGUACAACAUGCCUCAAGAUGUCCAGAAUGACGAUGGCAAAACAUCAGUGAGAGACCGAUUUAACGCCAGGCAGUUUAUGUCCUGGUUACAGGAUGUCGAUGACAAGUUUGAUAAAUUGAAGACGUGUCUCCUAAUGAGGCAGCAGCAUGAGGCUGCAGCUCUCAAUGCCGUGCAGCGCCUGGAGUGGCAGCUCAAACUGCAGGAGCUGGACCCAGCCACCUACAAGUCCACCAGCAUCUUCGAGAUCCCCGAGUUCUACAUCCCGCUCGUGGAGGUUAACGAUGACUUUGACCUCACUCCUAUAUGAUCUGUAGGACGCAGUGCUUUGCCACAGUUGUCAUUAUGGACAGAGGCAUCCCACAUGUUCGGGGAAAGGAAAAAAUGUGAAGCACUUAGAACAUGGUCAUAUGCCAGAGAGCACUUAGAUGUAACCAUUGUACUCCAGAGCUCUUACAGUCGAAACAAGCAUGCCCUCCACGAGGACAGGAACCUUCUCCAUAGGAGACAGACUGACUGCAUAUUCUGUACCUCGUACAGAGCCAGGGCCCAUGGGCCAACCAGGGUCCAGGCUACAAAUGAAGCCCAGGGACCAGAGGCCAAAGGCUGGACUGGGCCAGGCGGCGCAGGGAGCUGCGGUCUGGGGGAAAAAGCUCCAGCGAAGCGAGAAGUGAAGCACGGACAACACCACCUGCUACUGCUCCUUACCGAGCAGGGUCACACAACCGCAAGAUUUCAAUUCUUCUUUGUUUUGCAAAGUGAGUGUUCAUAUGUACAGACGUGCUCUUAAUUUUUUUUUUUAACUUAUUUUAUACAUACAGAUUGUGCAUUUGUAAAUAGCCAUGUAAUUAUUGUUUUAAACUUGUAAAAAAAAUUAUUAGUUAUUUUGAUUGUAAACUUGUUCCGUCUCAUGUUUUAAUGGACCAAAGUUGGUUUUUAUAUCGCGUGUCCUCUUUGUCCUUGAUGUUAUCGUCGUUGUUGGCUUAAAUCUUAAGCAUGUGUUGGCUUUUGUUGUGUUUUUGUUUUUACCGUUUCUUCCUUCCUCAUCUGGAGCUCUGCGCCACAGCUGGUGUUUUUUGACUUUGGUAAUUUCAAUGCUGUGCAUGCGUUGCGUUGUUUGUACUUUUUUCCUGAAAAGCUGUACUGUGGACUUAAUUGUGAGGUUUACUUAAGUGUUCCAGCUUUUUUUUUUUUCUUUUUUUUUUUUUUGCGCCAUUGUGUUAUGUCCUUUUUUGCGGCCUCACUCCUCAUGUGUUGUCCAUUGUGUCUUGCGCACAUUAAAGUUUGUUGUGGCUUCCAAGGAAAAAAAAAAACACACUUUUACAGUUCAAUGUGAGAUCACAACAAAACCUAUUUUUUCAA